AUGUUCGGAUCAAGAAGAAUGAAAAUAUCUUCUUCAGUAGGCAUCGAGUGCCAUUCGUUAACGGAUGAUCCGUUGGGCCUGAAAUUUUGGCGGUUUGCUUUGAUGGCGUUCCUGAGGCUGUUGGUGUUGCUGAUCGUCGGUGUUGUGGCUGCUGGAGCGGACUGUGGUCCAGAAGACGGGGCGUUCGUGUGCCGGGACGUGUGCGGCGAGGAGGUGAGGGGCGCCGGUGGCUACGGGCGCCGCGUGACGUUCGUCGGUGCGACGCUGUUCUUGGACUGCGUCAGGCAGGCGGACUUGAAGGAGGUGAAGUUGCUGUCGCCGACGGUCUGCGUCGGACGUCGGUCCGAGAUGGAUCGAGUGGUGACGCCGUGGAGGUGGUGCGAGGAGGUCGUGCCACCCGAGCCGGAGAUUUCGACGGCGGCGGUUCCGCCGGUGGUUGAUGAGCCUCGCCCAGUGGCGCCGACGGCCAACUUGGCGGUCGUCCACGUGCCGGCGAGCAAAACGCCGUUCGUGGUCCGAGCGCCGCCCUCGACGCAACAAAGCGUCGUAGUGGCCCAAGAGGUGCCGCACGUCAUCAGGGCACCGUCGUCGACGCCGGAGGUGACGGUCAACAUCAAGCAUGGUGUUGCGCACGUCGAGGCGGACGUGGACCCGUGGACGGCCAUGGUUCUGGUUUUCAUGGGCCUUGGAGGUGCAGGGGCUACAUCUUUGGCUGUUUUCUUGGUCUGGCUGGUCAAGUUCAUACGGAACAAGUCAUCGUACAUGCGGGAACUGGUGCGGAUGCUGACGCCGGAGGAUCAGCAGGAUCCGGAAGCCCAACCAGUGGAGGAUCUGCUGGGGCUGGAAGAGGCGGAUAAGGCCGUCGAAGAUAAGAAAGAAGAACAACUGGUCCUUGAGGACAAUAACCCGUUUAAAGAGAUGUUAAACGCCCGAAUUUCCUUUUCAGAAAGUGAUCAGCGAAUGGACAAGAUUCCUGUGGAGGAGUCCAUCUCUAAUCUAGGAUAA